GAGAGUUUGGGCUGGAAGUCGGCCGGAGCCUCUGGGGGGGGGAGAGACGGCGCACAGGCUACCAGCCGAGCGGAGGGCUGGUCUCUGUUCGCCCGGCCCGAGUUGGGGAGCUCGCGUUCGCUGUGCCGCUGAGUUGGGACAGUGUUCUCCUGUGGGUCGGGGCUCCCGGCUGUGAUUUAUUUGUUGGGACAACGGCAGGGCAUGAGUUAAACAUUCCCUGGAUCCAGGGGGCAGAGCGGCAAAUCCCGCAGGAAAAUCCCGGUCCAACCUCUACACACUCGGGAACAUCCUUCGCGGGAAGGUGCGGAGUUUGAACUUGCGCUCGACCUGCAGUUGACCGGAGUUGAUCACUUUCACUUUUGUUGGGCUCAGAAGCUCCCGGGAAGGAUUUUGAAUGCUUGCGUGUGUUUGUACGUGCGGUUUGGCUGUCUCGGUGGCCUUCAGUCAACACAAUGUAACCCAGGGGAAGCGGCGAGGGAGUGGGGAGGUGCUCGGUCCCGGGCGAAGACGCACACUCUGAUUGUCCAAACAUGGGAAGAGAACAGGACCUGGUGCAGGCGGCUAAGAACGGCGACAUGCCGACUGCACAGAAGCUGUUGGCCAAGAUCAAGGCUUCAAAAAACAAGCUCCUGGGCUCCACAAAGAGGCUGAAUGUUAAUUACCAAGAUUCAGAUGGGUUCUCAGCAUUGCACCAUGCUGCACUUAGUGGGAGCACGGAACUCAUUUCACUGCUGCUGGAAGCUCAGGCAAUGGUGGACAUCAAGGACAGCAAUGGAAUGCGACCUUUGCACUACGCAGCGUGGCAGGGGAAGGUGGAGCCCGUGCGUCUACUUCUUCGAGCAGGAGCUGCGGUGAACUUGGCCUCACAAGACGGGCAGAUCCCAUUGCAUCUUGCAGCCCAGUACGGUCAUUAUGAAGUGUCUGAGAUGCUUCUACAGCACCAGUCCAAUCCCUGCAUUAUAAACAAGGCCAAGAAGACACCACUGGACCUCGCGUGUGAGUUUGGUAGACUGAAGGUCGCCCAGCUCCUGUUGAACAGUAACAUGUGUGUCGCCUUGCUGGAGGGUCAGUCCAAGGACAGUGCCGAUGCCAACUUCACCACGCCUCUGCAUCUGGCUGCAAAGAACGGGCACAAGGACAUCAUCAAGUUGUUAAUCAAGGCUGGGAUCGAUGCCAACAGAGUGGCUAAAACAGGGACAGCGCUGCACGAAGCAGCCCUGUGUGGCAAGACUGAAGUGGUCCGACUGCUACUCGACGCAGGCAUUGACGUCAACAUCAGGAACACCUACAGCCAGACAGCCCUGGACAUUGUCAACCAGUUCACCACCUCGCAGGCAAGCAAAGAGAUCAAGCACCUACUGAGAGAGGCCUCGGGAGUUCUGCAGGUCCGAGCCCUGAAGGAUUGUUGGAAUGUUCACGAUCUCACCUCGCUCAACAUCAGGGCUGGAGACGUUAUCACGGUCCUGGAGCAGCAUGCGGAUGGGCGCUGGAAGGGCCACAUACACGACAGUCAGAAGGGGACGGACCGCGUGGGCUACUUCCCCCCGUCCAUCGUUGAGGUGAUCAGCAGGCGAUCAGGCACCCUGACCCGCCACGCCUCGGUUCCGCCUCACCAGCGCCAGGUGUUCCCCAAGGCGUACCAGAACAACUUGAUCAGCUCGCAGAUGGAUGAGACGCACCAGCUCUACCAACAGAUGUACUCGCAGACUCUGCCCGCCCAUCGCACCUUCAACUACCCGGGCUUCAGCCGAGCCAAUCACAACACAGAGAACAGCAAGGCGUCCGAAGGGAAAGGCAUGGACCACUCGCUCUCCACAGCCCAGCUCUUUGUUUCCGCUAAGGAUAUCUGGGUCCUCAGACAACCAGAUCUUGGUGACAGGAGCAGUGUGGGCAGCUCAGGUAGCAUGGGCAGCAUUCGCAGUGCUGGCAGUGGGCAGAGCACAGAAAGCGGCAAUGGACAGACUGCCAGCAAUGGCCUGGAGAACGGCAAGGCAGUGCCCCCUGGUGGGGAUCCGGCACAUCAGGAGGUCUGCGUCAGUACGGAAACUCCCAGCCAACAGGUCGACCAGUCGGCAGGGAUGCAGAGACAUCAGGACUUCCCCAGCUACAAGUCUGGAGAACAGGGAUACACACAACAGUUCAUUCACCCUGACCAGCUCCUGGAGGGCAAGGAUGCUGAAGCUAUCUUCAACUGGCUGAGUGAGUUCCAGCUUCAGCACUACACGGCUAACUUCAUCAACGCGGGGUACGACGUGCCAACCAUCAGCCGCAUGACCCCGGAGGACCUGACAGCAAUCGGCGUGACAAAACCUGGCCACAGGAAGAAGAUUUCAACCGAGAUCAGCAAGCUGAGCAUUCCAGAGUGGCUUCCUGACUACAGACCGGUGGAUUUGUUUGAGUGGCUGAGUGCCAUUGGCUUGUCUCAGUACCACAAGAAGCUGGUGGAUAACGGCUACGACAGCAUCACCUUCAUCAGUGAGAUCACCUGGGAGGAUCUACAAGAAAUUGGAAUCACACAGCUGGGACAUCAGAAGAAGAUGAUGAUCGCAGUGAAGAAGCUUCUGGACGUGCAGAAGGCGCUAAAUCAAGCAGAGGCAGAGGCCAAGACAGCAACCCUUCGGCGCAAGGCUCCCAGCGCGCUGGAGAUUGUCACCAUUGAGCCGUCCCAGGGCGAGAAUGGGGAGUGCCAUUCUCCACACACGCCCAAGAUGCUGACCUUCCAGGACAGCGAGCUGAGCUAUGAGUUGCAGACCGCCAUGUCCAACCCUUGCUACAACUGCCAGGAGAGUCUAGUGAUGAAUCAGGCGGGAGCCAUCUCCCGCAGCCAGGAGAGCAUCGGCGUCCGGUCCCGAGGAUCCGGCCACUCCCAGGAGAACGUUCUCGGCGGGACCCGGACGGACAGCAAAUCCCAAGAGAGUCUGGGCAGCGGAGACGGGAGCAGCGGCAGCGGGAGGACCACCUUCCUUCGCCAGCCCAGGGACGCCGCGCCCGUCCAGCUCGCCGGCCGCAGCCCGGACAGCGGCAGGGCGCUGGGGAGCAGCGGGGGAGGCAGUCCAGAUAAGGAGAGGAAUGGGCCAGAUGGCAGGGACCACUACCAGAGGCCCGGCGUGCCCGCGUCCAACCCGGUGAAGAUGCUGCCCUCCUCGCCGGGCUUCACCCCACCCCAUACCCCAAGCAAAGGGAAGGCGGCCCAAGCCCUGCCCUACCCACAGCCCCCUGUCAAAGGGAAACCUGCUGCCUUCUCCUCUUCCACACUGGAACGCCUCAAGGCCUCGCCUCACGCUUGCCAGCCGCCGCUCCAGGCCUCCUCCGCCCACUCGGGCUUUGCCUACUCGCACCCCCGGUGUGGUGUGGCCAACGGCGACAGGCCGGAGGAGGCGGGUGGGGUGCACCCCGGCACCGGGCCGGUCCUCCAGCACCCGGGCGCGGAGUUUGGCAGCGGCGGGGACACCGCCCACAGACCGAAGAAGCGGUCUCAGAGCCUGAACCGGUACGCCGUGUCGGACGGCGAGGCGGAGGAGGAAGAGCCAGCCAUCGGGCCCGUCAGCUCAUAUGCCACCCUCGCCCGCCGCCCGGGGCGUCACCAGGCCUCCAAGGCCCAGGGCCCGGCGGACAAGAACAUCGUCAACCGCAGCCAGUCGUUCGCCGUCCGCGGGAAGAAGAAGGGACCGCCGCCCCCUCCGCCCAAGCGCCUGAGCUCUGUGUCCAGCGCCCAGGAGCAGGAGUUGGAGCCCGAAAGGGACUCCUGCCCGAUCCCCUGCCACGCCCCGGACCUGGUGGAAGGGUUGCCCCGACAGCAGGAACCGAGCGACGGUGCCCGGAAUGUGAGGAGCAUCGCCGCCCUCCUGGAGCUGACCGGCGCCCCGGUAGGCCAGGCCUUGCUGAGACCUUCCAGACCGGAGAAGAAGGAGAUGCCCGAGACGAGGAAGGAGGGCCAGCAGCAGGCCGCUCCCAAGAGUCCCAGGCAUGAUGGGAGCAUCCCAACGCCGACCAAGGCCAUCCCCGGGCCACUGGAGAAGGCAAGGGACGUGGCAAACCGGCGGCGGACGGUCAGUGAGCCGGCGGUCAGCGGGCAGGCCGGAGGCAAGGCAGAGGGGGAGGAGGUGAAGUCGGACACGGAGGAGGAGCCGAAGGCCGGGAAGGGAGACCUCGAGGCCUCCUCCAGCUCCCAGAACAGCUCCAGCGAGUGCAUCCCUUUCGCCGAGGAGGGGAACUUGACCAUCAAGCAGCGGCCCAAGCCCAACGCUGCCGGCCGGGCGGACUCUGCGCCUGGCACCGAGGACCUACAGGCUCAGCCGGGCUUUGACACCCAGUCAGGGAGUGAGGUGACCACGGCGACCAGCACCGCUCCCAGCCAGCCGGAGCUCCCUGAGUUUAACCUGACGGAGUCCGAUACGGUCAAGCGGCGGCCAAAGGCCAGAGAGAAGGAGGGGUCGAACGGGGCAGCGCAGCACCGUCCACUGAAACCUGGGCCGCGCUACGCCGAUGCCCAGGCCGUGCACAUGGUGGACUCCGGGCCGCACCUCAAGGGCGACUUGGACGACGACGCCUGCAUGGAGUUCAGGAUCGCCGAGAUCGAGAGGAGCAUCCAGUCCUUGGAGAAGGGGACCAAGCACACGCUGAGACCCCCGCUCUCUCCCAAACCAGCCGUCCCGCCCAAACAGACUGUGCCGGUGCCUGCCUCCAACAGGCCUUCACAGAGCAGGGGGCCAGCUGCAGAAACCUGCCAAAAGCAAUCUCUGCCCAGUCUGAACACUUCCCCGAAGCCUGCCCCAGCCCGAGGCCUGCACUUCAGCAGCCCCAAAGCCAGCAGGUGUCUGCAGGCUGGCAGCCCUGGCCCUGCGUUGCCAAGGCCCCCUUGCCUGGUGCAGCCACUGGGCACAGGGUGCGGCUCUGUGCCCGCAGCCCCGGCCACUGGGGUGACAGAGCGGACGGCGGCCGUGGUGGCGAGACCUGCUGCGGAGGUCCCGCAGACCGCACUCGCUCACCAGCGACUGGAGCAGACCAGCAGCUGCCUGGAAGCCGCUCUCCAUGCCGUGGAACGCAAACUGACCCAAGAAGAUAAUGGCAAAGCAACCUCCAAUUCCACGAAGUCUGCGGGCAACAUCCUGGACGACAUUGGCAGCAUGUUUGACGACCUCGCUGAUCAGCUGGAUGCUAUGUUAGAUUGACCAUGCAGAGUUGCUGAAGGCCACCCUUUUCCUUUUCACCACCAGGGGAUCACGCCCAGCAGAAAGCUCUGCACUGCCAGGUGUGCCCAGGAAAUAUUGACUGGGAAGCCCAUGUUUGAGGCAGGAAUGAACAACCUACUGAUAGACUUUGUGCUGCAUUUGAUUCCCAGGGGGUGGUUGAGGAUGAAAGCCCCCCCCACCCCGAAGUUUGGCUUCAGGCAGAACUCCCUGCUCCCCUGGUGAGAUGCUGGCAGAUUUUCAUCAAUUAUGACAGGAAUUAACCACGGGCAGCAAGAGACACUGCAUUGUAUUCCUUUUAUUUUUUUAAAAAUAUGUAUAGAUAUCUUCCCCACUGUCAGCUUCAACUGACCUUGCAACGAGCACUUAAAUGAGCUAAAGCACAAUAUGUCAACCCAGAUCAGCUGAUGGAAGAGAAGGUUCUAGAUCAGUUGCACUGGGCAUAGAUCUACUAACUACUGCUGCUGAAGACCUACAAUUGCACUCAAUGUAGAAACAACUGCCGAUUAGAACCAGUUAAUCUUCAGUGACUGAGUUUUACAGGCAGGCACAAGCUCCCAGGCUGACUGGUGGUUCAUUUACAAGGCAGAACUUUCCUUUAAAGAGGAUGCUACCCUAUCACCAAAACGUCUAAUUUUGAAAACCCAAGGAUCUUUGUUGUUUCAGGGUGUGGAAAACGCAACUAUAGAUCAGGACAUCUUCACGUUUCUAUUUUGUCAGAAUUCUGAGCAACUCAAGUUGGUGCCAAUUGAGUGUGUCAGUACGAUUUCUUGUGUAGUGCCUUGAGGUGUUCCUUCACUACUCUAAUGGUGCUAUAUAAAUGCAAGCUGCUGAGAUUCCCAGAGGCAGCAAAGGUAACUGCGUUUGGGCUGAAUCUGCACCUCCCAGCUGCUACGAGUAUGGUGAAGCCUUCUGCUUAUCAGUGUCUGUGUGGGCACUUGGCUUUCUAUGAUUCCCAGUGGACCAAGGUCCAGUGUGUCCUCCAACAUUCCAGUUUGACAUGGUCCCAUAUUCUGGCAGUGGUCCCACUGUGACAAUCACCAGUACACCAGUGCUCUGGGAGGCUGGUCUUGCUGCUACUUUAUGAUCAAUCAGCACAGUCCUUUAGGCACCGGACAUUUGGAGGAAACAAAGAAUGGCACAGAUCUGUGACUCAGUGAGGGAUUCUGUUGCAUAUUGAAGUAUCUCUAGUUGGCACAAUGAACCAUUGCUGGUGAAACACUGUCAUGUGAUUGGCCAGAAAUAAGCUGAUCUGUAUAACCCUGGCACUGUUGCUUCUCAUUAGCUUAUCAAUACCUGGCUGCUCUUCCCCUGUGCGAUAAGAUUGAUAGCUACUGCAGUUCCUGUGGAGGAGGAGCAUUUCUUAAGAAUAUUUAAUUCACAGUUCAGUAUUUCAGAAAACAGUCCUGAAAAUAAUUUGUGCAUGGCCACCCUUGGACCUUGCAAUAUGCAACAAAACAACACUUUUAAAACAAAACAUGGAGAUGCAGCAGAAAGCAAGAUAUUUAAACCGAGGUCAGUAUUUCACAAACAGGUUCCAGAGCUGCUGUAACUACUGCAGCUCUUUUUACAGCAGUUUGUGUGCCUUUUCUGGUGUGCGGGUAUAUGUGUGAAAACGUGUGUCUGUGUAUGCAUUUUUUAAAAUCUGUUAACACAAUGACUGCAGGCUGCUUUGCCAGAGUGAAUGUGUAAAGUCCAUCAGUGGUGUAAGCAUUUUACUGAUUUCUAAUAGUAAUUGACUUCUGUGCCUUGGAAGCUUGAAGGGAUCAAACCCUUUCACAACUGGGUUUAACUUGCCCUGGCCUGUUUGUACCAGGAAAGGAGAAGAACUGGUAAUCAGUUCCCCUAGAUCUCUUACUUCUUACAAUAAAAGCGGCCAUUUGGCCCAUCAUUUCCAUGGUGGUUCCCAGGGGAACUCCCAUCAUAAGAACGUAAGAAAAUAGGGAGUAGGCUAUCCUGCCAUUCAGUUUGAUCAUGGCUGAUCUGCCCCUGGCCUCUUCUGUGCCAGCUCCCCCUAGUCCUCAGUUCCCUGAUCUUUUAAAGUUGUAUCUACUUUCUCUUUGAAUACCCCCAUUGACCUAGUCUGCACAAGUCUGCAGGGAAGGGAAUUCCAGAGAUUGACCACCCCCUACAAGUUCUCACGCAGUUUAAGUGACUGCUCCCUAAUCAUGUAACUAUUUCUUGUCAUUGGAGAGCUGCCCACCAGUCCCAUUCCCCCACUUACUUCCCUGUACUCCUGUGACGUAUGCCCACCAACGCCCCUCAUUCUUUUGCCACUUACCUACAGUAAGGGGAAAUUUACAGUGGCCUAUUAACCUACCAGCACAUCUUUGGAAUGUGAAAGAAACCAGAGGAAGCCCAUACAGACAGCAUCAGGAUUGAAAAGCACAGGUGUCUGGAACUUAGAGACAGCAGCACUAACUGCUGCACUACCAUGCUGCUCUCCUCUCAAUCUUUUACCAAAACAGGCAGUCUCCAUGCAUUCUACCAUGUGCGAUGGACCAUUCACACAGUCCAUCCCUUCCUAUGUUUGCUUGCAGGAUGUUGGGAGGGAAGGAAGCAUCUGCAGAGUUAUUACUGCUGGAUGUCUGACUCAGGAGCACAUUCUAAUACGUACAAGGACUCACCACUGUCAUUAGGAUUGGGUAUCGAGAACCCCAGACUUCAAGAUAGCACAACCCCAGACCAUGUCCUAUGGAUGUCAGUGCCAAAUGAUGAAAGGCUUAGCUAGAAUAUGGAAGGAGAAACUAUUUCCACUGGUAGGUGCUUGGCAACCCCAGGACACACAGAAAAAUGAGUUGUUCAGCUUACCUGUAUGGCUCGUACUGAAAGUAGCGAGGAACUUCACAGAUUUUUCAGUGCAGUCAGGUCUUGAGCUCUUAUAAUAGAUCACGGUUUGGUCCUUUCAAUCCAAGCCCCUGCAGAGGAAGGUGAUCCUAUAACGUAGAACAAGUUGCUUGCCUCUUAAGUUAAAAUUUUGAUUGUAAUGUAUGUGCUUUGCCUGGAAGCUUUGCAAAGCAAACCAUUGCCACAAAUGCCCAGGAGAUUCCUGUAAGACUUGCAGUUUCGUGCAUAGGUGGUGUGCUUCAGUUAAGUUUAGGAGGAUUGCCCUCCCUAUGAGCUUUGAAGUGUGAAACAGCAACAGGGUAAAACAAAGUUCCCAGGCUGUGCCCCUACCCCAGCUACUUGAAAGCAUCACAGUUAUUCCUGUUUACUACUGGAGAGGCCAGGCUGAACUUCACUGCCUGUCAGAGGGAUCUACAGUAGAUCUAUUAUUCCAAUACACUGUAAGAACAGUGUUCCAAGUUUCAGAAAUCAGCCGCAUUGCAUUGGAUCACCUUCCGCUGCCUGUACUCAAGCCCGACGAGCCGUCAGUCUGGGCAUUAAGUUUGACACAGUUGGGGAGGGGUAAUGGGAAACAACUUACAAAUAGAGCAGCUUUGAGUGACUGGGAUGCCUGUGCAUGGGAUAGCCCUAGCACAGUCAGGGUGCUCUCAAAGUUCCAUGGAGUUUUGAUAGCACCCAGGGUAAAUGGUGGAAUCUGGUGGAGAGGAAAACAGAAUGCGAUUAGUGUAAAUGGGUACGGUUGGCACAGACUCAGCAGGCUGAAGGGUCCAUUUCUGUGCUGUAUGCUGCUUGGGGAUCUUAGGAAUCAAUGAGAUCAAUACCCAGAUGAUUUGACCCCUUCACUUAAUACUCCUGACAUUAUUCCAGAUACUUUACAGCUGUGUACACCAGAAAACUGCCUUUGUUCCAUCACAUGCAACAUGCAAGAUUUCUAUAGCCAUGAGUGAGAGGUUUACCAGACACAAGUGUGGAGCCCUCUCCAACACAUGUGGGGAGGACCCAUCCGUGUCUAUUUUCUCAGCAGCUACUUUGAAUGAACUCAGCUAUUACUAAAUGAAUCCUCUUCAGCCAGCUGCACCCAGAUAACAUGCCCUUGUAACAAAAACUCAGGAGUUGGAUAUUUGGCAUUUACUAGAUUCAAAUUAAAUGAAUCAGGACUUUAAUAGAUGAAAUAUAGGCCCACCAUAUUAGAGGGAAGCGGUCCAAUAUACUUCCUAAAACUGCUAUUUAAAAAGUGGCUUUAGUGACCCUGGGCGCUGUGAUGCAGGGCAGUACAGUGGUUGAUUUAGCACAGCAGCAUUCCACACAUGGGAUGGAGAUGGUCCCAGAUACACGAGCGUGUGGUUGGAUCAGUCCGGUGCCCUGACUUUUCCCUCGAAGCGUGCCAGCCAAUCUCAACCGCCAGCGCUGCGGGUGAAUAGUUGCAUACCAGAAAGGGCACAGUAGCCACCAUUCACUGACACCCAUGUUCUGAUAGGUUCCUGCAUGUAAAUAACUGCAGAUUCCAUAGCAUCGCCAUGGUGAUAGACUGCAUGCCUAUGCUGAGUAUUAGAUCACCAUGGACAUCACAACCUGAUCCAAGCACAAUUUUGCCUGCUGUAGCAGUGCAAGUUUUAUUAUGUAAAUACCUACCUGCUCCUACCUUUCAGAAUAAUAUAUAUUUUUGAAAACAUUUUCUUCCUAUAAAUGUACCAAAUGUUGUAGAUGGAGAAACAGCCGCAGCAGAGAAUGGUGAAAGUCAGAGGAGAUGCUACACUGGAUUUACUAAGAUUUCUUAUCUGCUGUAAGAUUAAUUAGUGUACAAAAUUAUGGAAACCGUUAAUGAUAGCAAAGGGAAAGGCACAAUGUAACAAUUAAGAAGCUGUUUUUGAGUUAUGUAAAAGCUUGAUGUAAAUUACAACUUACUGACUUGUAUUAUUGUUGCAAAUGUGUAUAAUGUGUAUUCUGAAAUUUCUAACAUGUGUGAUUAAGAACUUCAAAUUUUUACCUG